AUGAACCAAGAAAGGUUGAAUUCUCAAUACUUCUAUUUCAUUGUUACCAACCAAGUCAUUCAGUUUGCUAUGAAAUAUGGGUUACCUCUCGUAAUGGCUCCAGCCAUCAAAUUCGUGACAGAAAAAAUCAAGGGAGAUAAACCAGUUGUCACAAAGGAUUCUCCUGAAGAGAAAGAAUGGCUAGAGACUGUUCGUACCACAGUUCAAUUGCCUCAACAUGAUGUGGGUAAUGAUUUUAGGGGUUUGGCAUUGCAGUACGGCUACCUCAUGCUUUUUGGACCUGUUUGGACUUUGGGUCCUCUUGUGUCAUUGUUUUUCAACGUUAUUACAUUCAAAUUAGAUGAAUUGAAGUUGGCUAACGGCAAAUAUUUUAGACCUCCUGUGCCAAAAAGAGUUGACUCAAUUCAUCCUUGGGACCUUGCUCUUUUGUUGUUGACUUGGAUCGGCUCCAUUAUUUCACCAAUUGUGACUGCCUUCUAUCGCCAUGGUACAAAGCCACCAAAACCAUUGGGACAAUUUGCAUUGGACAAGGCAAGUGUGAAUAUUUCAUCGACAUUGGUGUUAGUGGCAAUCUUUUUUUUUGUCCGAGCAUUUAUUUUUCAUCAUUUAUGUGUUUGGAACCAAAAUCUCAAACAUGUUGGUUUCAGAUAA